CUGUUUGGCGGCGAGGAGUCGGGCUGCGCGGAGAGGCCUGGCCGCUGAAGGCUUGGUUCGGCGGUGCCGGCCUGGGUUUGUGGUUGAGGCCGGGUCUCCGCCUCUGGGCCUGGGAAGAUGGUGCUGGGUGGUUGCCCGGUGAGUUACUUACUUCUGUGCGGCCAGGCGGCUUUACUGCUGGGGAAUCUACUUCUGCUGCAUUGCGUAUCUCGGAGCCACUCGCAAAAUACUACCUACGAGCCCGAGCUCACAUCCUCUGGCGCCGCUCAUCCGGAGGGCUCCGCCGGCGCCCCGAGCUGGGAAUAUGGCGACCCCCACUCUCCAGUCAUCCUUUGCUCUUACCUACCUGAUGAAUUUAUAGAAUGUGAAGACCCAGUGGAUCAUGUUGGAAAUACAACUGCAUCCCAGGAACUUGGCUAUGGUUGUCUCAAGUUCGGUGGUCAGGCCUACAGCGAUGUGGAGCACACUGCAGUCCAGUGCCGGGCCCUAGAUGGAAUUGAGUGCGCUGGUUCUAGGAUCUUCCUACGAGAAAAUAAACCUUGUAUAAAGUAUACGGGACACUACUUCAUAACCACGUUACUCUACUCUUUCUUCCUGGGUUGUUUUGGAGUGGACCGCUUCUGCCUGGGACACACUGGCACGGCAGUAGGAAAGCUGUUGACACUUGGAGGACUUGGGAUUUGGUGGUUCGUUGACCUUAUUUUGCUCAUUACUGGAGGGCUGAUGCCGAGCGAUGGCAGCAACUGGUGCACUGUUUACUAAAAAGAGCUGCUCUGUGGCCCAGGGAGGCAAGGUGAAUGCUCUGUCUUCUGAAUUCAUCUCUACAGGCGCAAAACUCACCUUUGAUAUCAGACCUGACUAUUACUUUCCCUCACUGGGAGGGAAUGGGUUUGGUUGGGAAAGCUUCUUUGGACUUCGGGUCUUCGACCCAAAUUUUACCUUGCAGACUAGAAAUGACAUGCAAACAGUGUUGUGAGAAUCAAGUUUCUACCUUUCCUCGUGGACAAAAUAUAAAGGAUAGUGACUCACUUAUAAGUUGCAGAUGAUGUUUCUGUACCCUCUCUCUCUUUACGUUGCUGUAUCUUGGCCCUUUGGAACAAGUAGGUAAACCCAACAGGAGAAGCAAAUGAAGGUUUUUAGCCAUGUGUCUUUUGUGACCCAGAGACUUCCUGCAGAAGAGAUGUGAAGCUGAGCCAGGAAAAUCUUCAUCAAAAGUGGAAGUAGCCGUGGAUUUUAAUUCACACUGAAAUUCUGACUUUCUGAAUUUACAUUGCAGAAGAAAAUUUGCCAGCCUGGAAAGUUGUAUGGGUAUUUUCAGUAGGUAUAGUGAAAUUCAAAAUUAAAUUUGUUUGGCUAAAAACCAGGCAUUUGAAAUGAA